UCAAAGCGCGCCCGGCUGGCGAUCUUGGCUCCAGGGGGGAACUCGGCGCUCCGAGGGCGAAAGCCAGGGCGGCUGCCGGCUGAGCCGGAGACGCAGCGAGCGGGACUGGGAAGCUGUUAAUCAAAUCGGCCCCCGCACAGCCCGGGCGAAGGAGAAGGGGAGUCAGGUGGCGCCCAUCGAUCAACCCCCUUUCCCCACGCCGGACUAGGAUGGCAUAGGCUGCCAGUCGGUGCCAGCGCCGCAUGCCAGCCAGAGGGAUCCAGAUCUGGGGUUUUUUAAAAAGAGACCUUUCCAGGAUGAAGCCUCUCCAGCUCCGGACGGGUUUGCCUUGGCUGGUUUUUUUCCUGGGGGGUUUCCAGACCGCCGCUUCCCAAGCAGUCUGUGCAGGUACUCUCAAUGGGCUCAGUGUGACCGGUGAUGACCAGCAACGCUACCAGACGCUGCAUAAAAUGUACAACAACUGUGAAAUUGUCAUGGGCAAUCUUGAGAUUGUGCUUAUUGAACAAAAUCAGGACCUCUCGUUCUUACAGACUAUCCGAGAAGUGACUGGCUAUGUUUUGAUUGCCAUGAAUGUCUUCACCUACCUGCCGCUGCAAAAUCUACGCAUGGUGCGAGGGACCCAGUUUUAUGAAGACAAGUAUGCUCUCUUCGUCCUCCUCAACUAUGCAAACGCCACGCAUGCCCUGCGCCAAGUGGGCUUCAAUCAGCUCACAGAAAUCCUUUCCGGGAGUGUCUACAUUGAGAGGAACAAGCAGCUUUGCUAUGUGGAUACAAUCAAUUGGAGAGACAUCAUCCGGGACCCGGCUUUUGAGCCAGAUGUCAAAGACAAUGGGGACUAUUGCCCUCCCUGUCAUGAGAACUGCAAUGGGCGCUGCUGGGGUCCUGGUCCUGAUGACUGUCAAAAAUUGACCAAGAGCAUCUGCGCCCCUCAGUGUAACGGACGUUGCUUUGGCCCUAACCCCAAUGAGUGUUGCCACGGCGAAUGUGCAGGAGGAUGCACCGGGCCAAGCAAGACACAGUGCUUUGCUUGCCGGAACUUCAAUGACAGCGGGGCCUGUGAAACGCUCUGCCCCCUUCCACUGAUCUACAAUAAGCGUACAUUCCAGCUGGAGCCCAACCCUGACACCAAAUACCAGUAUGGUGGCAUCUGUGUGAAAAACUGCCCACAUAAUUUUGUGGUGGAUCAGAGCUCGUGUGUCCGAACGUGCCCUAACGACAAAAUGGAAGUGGAAAAAAAUGACCUGAGGAUAUGCGAGCCCUGUGUGGGACUCUGUCCAAAAGCCUGUGAAGGAACUGGAACCGGGAGCAAGUUUCAGACCGUGGAUUCCAGCAACAUUGACCGCUUUAUCAACUGCACCAAGAUCCUGGGCAACUUGGACUUUCUUAUCACUGGCCUGGAAGGAGACCCGUGGCAUAAUAUAACUGCACUGGAUCCAGAAAAGCUCAACAUCUUCCGGACAGUGCGAGAGAUCACAGGCUACCUGAACAUCCAGUCGUGGCCCAAGCACAUGAACGAUUUCAGCAUCUUUUCAAAUCUGGUCACCAUCGGCGGCCGUAGCCUCUACAAUCGUGGUUUUUCACUGCUGAUCAUGAAGAACAUGAAUGUGACCUCGUUGCGCUUCCGCUCCCUUCGACGGAUCAGCGCCGGCAAGGUCUACAUCACUGAGAACCCGCAGCUUUGCUAUCACUACACCAUCAAUUGGGAUGUUCUCUCACGCCGGCGCUUGGACCUUGACAUCAGGAGUAAUAAACCUCACACAGAAUGCAUACAAGAAGGAAAAAUCUGUGAUCCUCUUUGCUCUGAUGAUGGCUGUUGGGGGCCUGGCCCAGACCAAUGUGUCUCUUGCCGUAACUACAGUCGUGAAGGAACCUGUGUUGAUUCCUGUAGCUUCCACGAAGGGGAUGUUCGAGAAUUUCUGCAAGAUGGUGCCUGUUUCCCCUGCCAUCCACAGUGCCAGAAGAUCGACCGUAACCUAACCUGCAGCGGAUCGGGCGCUGAUGCCUGCGUAAGGUGUGCUAACUACAAGGAUGGACCACACUGUGUGGAGAGCUGUCCCGAUGGCAUCCUAGGGGAGAAGGGGCUCAUCUUCAAGUUCCCAGACGUCAGCAGGGAAUGCUGGCCAUGCCACGAGAAUUGUACGCGAGGGUGUGAUGGUCCACAUCUUGAAGACUGCUUCAUGGAGCAUCUGCCUGUUGCCAGGAAAGCACCAACGUUGAUCGCUGUGAUGGUCGUGGGCUUCCUCUUCAUCUUCUGCUCCUCUGUCUUGCUGACUUUCCUGUACUGCCGAGGCAAGAAGAUUCAGAAGAAGCGAGCCAUGCGCAGAUACUUGGAGAGAGGGGAGAGUCUGGAGCCCCUGGAUCCCAGCGAGAAAGCCAAUAAAGUUCUGGCUCGAAUCUUCAAGGAGACAGAGUUGAAGAAAUUGAAAGUUCUGGGAUCAGGAGUGUUCGGAACGGUGCACAAAGGUGUCUGGAUCCCGGAUGGAGAUUCCAUCAAGAUCCCUGUCAGUAUCAAAGUUAUCCAGGAUCCAAGCGGUCGGCAGACGUUCCAUGCAGUCACUGAUCACAUGUUGGCGAUAGGUAGCCUGGAUCAUGCUUACAUCGUCCGGCUCCUUGGCAUCUGUCCUGGAACCCAGCUCCAGUUGGUGACCCAGCUUCUACCAAUGGGCUCGCUGUUAGAGUACAUCCGGGGAUGCCGCGGAGGAGUGGGGUGCCAGAUAUUAAGUAAUGAAGGGGUAAAAAUCGUUCAGGGUAUGUACUACCUGGAGGAGCAUCGCAUGGUCCAUCGCAACCUUGCUGCCCGCAAUGUUUUGGUGAAAUCCCCCAGCCAGGUACAGGUGGCAGAUUUUGGCGUUGCUGACCUGCUGUAUCCAGAUGAUAAGAAAUACUUCUACAAUGAGAUUAAGACACCAAUAAAAUGGAUGGCUUUGGAGAGCAUACAUUUCGGAAAAUAUACACACCAAAGUGACGUGUGGAGUUACGGGGUAACUUUGUGGGAGAUGAUGACCUUUGGAAGUGAACCCUACACAGGUAUCCAUCUUUCAGAAGUGCCCGACCUCCUGGAGAAAGGGGAGCGCCUCUCACAACCCCAGAUCUGCACUAUCGAUGUUUACAUGGUGAUGGUAAAAUGCUGGAUGAUCGACGAGAACAUUCGUCCCACCUUCAAAGAGCUAGCCAAUGAGUUCACACGCAUGGCCCGCGAUCCCCCUCGCUACUUGGUGAUUAAGAGAGAGAGUGGGACGCUCCCCCUUAUGGAGCCACCGACCAUCAGCGAAAAGGAGUUGGAUGAGAUGGAAACACUGGAAAUGGAGACGGAGCUGGAGGAGGAGGAACUAAAUAACCUCUUUUCCUCCAGGCAGUGGAUGGACUCCACGCGGAGCCCGACACUUUUGAGCCCCUCAGCUGGAUACAUACCCAUGAACCAAAGCAGCCUCAGCGGAAGUCAUCAGAGCACUGGACUAGGCUCUCGGCAGACUUUGCGCAUCCGGCAGGAAUCCUUGGGCCGCACAGUGUCAGAGUCAUCAGAGGGACGGGGCACGGCCUCUGACUACGAGCUCACCGAGGAUAUGUCUUUGUCCGGGAGCCUGUGCCGCAGCCACCGAUCCCGCAGAGAUAGCGCCUACCUCUCUCAGCGAGACAGCCUGAUGCUGCCAGUUGGAAGUGCUGAUGGGGAAGAAGAUGCCAAUGGCUAUGUCAUGCCGGAUCGAAACAGCAGAGAGCGUGCUGCUCGCACGGCCACCUCCCUACUCCGCGGCUCGCACCUUGUGUCACAAGUGGAUGAAGAGUACGAGUACAUGAACCGGCGCGCUCCGCAAACCCCACAGCCCCGGCCAGCCUCUCUGGAAGAGCUCGGCUAUGAGUACAUGGAUCUGGGCUCUGAGCUGAGUGCAUCGCUUGGCAGUGUGCCGAGCUCCCAGUUAACCACACCCUGUCGAGACGAGGAAGACGAGGAAGAAGACUAUGAGUACAUGAACAAACAGCCCAAGCUCAGCAAGUCCCUAAGCAGCAUCCGCAGUUCACGGGGAGACUAUACUGAUAUGGACUCUGGCAUCACGCAGGGCUCCCCAGAUGAGCAGGGUUAUGAGGAAAUGGACGCCGUCUUGCCCCCUGUCCAGUGUCCUGGCUGCCAGAGUCCCCCCUGCCCCCAAAAUGGGUUCAUGAAGCCCCUACGCACGCUGGAAGCCUCAGACUGUGCUUUCGACAACCCUGAUUAUUGGCACAGUCGGUUGUUCACCAAGGCCAACGUCCAGAGGACUUAGCUGGGGGCGGGCAGUCUCAUUUUCCCUUUAGCAGGAGGGGGAACGAACACUUGUAUUUUAGCCACAAACACCCUGUGAUUGUGGACUGAAAGGCGGAACUUCUGUGAAACUCCUAAUCCUCUCUGAUGUUGACCAAGACGGGCAGGCACAACGGCAACCACCAACAAUGGGCUGCAUCUCAGCCCCACACCUUGCACUGCAGUUUGACCUGUUACAUAUCUGGUCUCGUCAGUUCAAGUGCCCUUGAACUUAGAGGGCAACACGGACGCAUGUUGGAAGAUGCUGUCUAGACUUCGGGGACACGGGGCCUGAAGUUGCGGGAGACGUGCUGGCCGUUUCUGUGGGCCAGAGGGCCUUGCAGUCCAGUGGAGGACCUAAUUUCUUCAGGAAGCGGGGUUUUUUUUGUUGAGAAAACAAGGUAGAAUCCUCUAUGUCUGGGCCAAACUGAUCCUUCUGGGCCCUGCCCAGAACCCUCAGCAACAGCCAGAGGGUCUUGGGGUGUCUCUGACAGCCCUUGUAAAGACAGCCCUUUGCCUUUCAAUAGCAUUGGGGGCUUGAGCAUGAGGCCAUAAGACUGAAAAACAGGCUUCCUCUAGAGAGGCAGUGAGGACCUUGUCUGCUGGUGUCAGGUUCUGACAUCUGUAAUGCGGGGAGGACAGGACUUAUGGGUACAUAUGAAGGAAAAUGGUGCUUCCCACCCCAAGAAAGCCUCAUUUAGGGAGAUAAUGUGUUGCCCUGAGACAACUGUGUGGGUUUUGAAUCCUCUCAGAAUGAUAUUGGGUAAAAAACAAAACAGGUACCGGAACUCAAAAUUCCUGGGUUUUGCUUCCCAUCUGUUGCUCAGUUUUCCUUCAUUAUAGUGCCUUGUAGUUUCCAUAUCUGAACGGACGCCCUCAAGAAUGAGGAAGUGGCUAAGAACAAAAGGCCAGAAGGUGCUGUAGAUAUGAACUAGCUAGACUUCUAUCCCCCUGUACCCAGUGUUGCAGACAAUUUCUAGCGCCAACCUAAGCAGAGUUAACACCUUUGGGAGCCAAGGGACUAAAGGGGAAGGAAAUCAGCUUUGAUUGUACUGCUAAACGUUAAGAUCCAGUAGCAAUUUCAAGCAUCCGAAUGGAAAGAAUGGUAGAGAGGCUACAGAGUCUCCUGAGGGACCGAAUAACUUGUUUAGUCCUCUAGUACAGAAAGAGUUGGGAUCGACUGACCUUUAUGAAAGGCCGUAUCCCCCAAAUUCACUUUAGCAAUGAAAAGUAAUACGGGAUUCUUUUCAGUAUGUAAGCCAACUGAAGAGGACCCUGGUCACGGAGUCCCCCACUGUGAUACACGAACAAUACAGGAGUCACUGGUUGUUUUGAUUAAAUUAAACUUGGAGUCAUCUGCUGCUGUUUGAAAGGGGCAGAAUUGCAUCUUGGGCUUUUUUAUUCAUGAUUCUCUUGAGUCAGUCUCAUUUGCAGGAGAAUAUGAUUUGGGAACAAAUGUCUUCCUUUCACCACCCCACUUUGAAGGCCAGUAGUACCGAACGUUACUUGAUUUUGUUCCCACAAGUUUUGCUUUGCAUCAAAUAGAGAGUGGGGAAAGAAAAUAAAAUCUGAUCAGAAGGAGAGAAGUUUGUUCUCAUGCCGCAUCUCUGCAUUUGACCUCAUUUUGUUUAUAGUUCUGUAAAAACAUCCCUCCAUAACGGGAUCUGCAUCUUGGAUUGGAUCAUAAUUUUAGUUUUCAAGCCCUGUUAUGGUGGCAAAAUAAUCCACAUUAUUCUGAGGUCUCUUUCUAUUGUUCUCCAGCCUUUUCUUUCAGCUAUGGAAAUGUGACUGAAUUUUAAAUGGAGGGUUUUGUGUGUGUGUGUGUGUUUAAAUUAAUGCAUCUUUUGUUUUCGCUGUUCAUGUACUCAACAGGCAAAGCGAUUGUUCUGCAAAGAGCAAGAUUUGUAUGAAAUAUAAUUGUAUUUCCCUCCCUCCUCUCUCAAACAAGAAUCCAGUGGCACUUUUGUGGUUCAGAGCUCACUUUCUCAGACUCAUAGGCCAGUUACCCACUUGCGCUCUGGCACGCUGUGGGACCGGAAGCGCAUCGGGGCGAGAAAUCUUGUCCCGACACACUUCCUCCUUGUGGUGUGACAAGAGAGGAGGCAUGUCGGGGCAAGAUUUCUUGUCCAGACGUGCUUCAUCUUGCCCUGUGCACGCUUCUCAUUUUCCACGGGGAAAGGGAGAGCACUUCUGGCGCAACUUAAUACCAUAUUUAUGCCACACUUAAAGCUACAAAGAGCAGAAAGGUGGAAGAGGGAAGACAUAAGGAGAGAGACAAGUUUCAGAUAGGAGCCAGUCAAAAGUGUUAUCGAUCCACUUGGAGGAAAGACUGCUCCCAAUUUUUGAUAGGCAAAAUCUUAGGUUGGAAUAAAUGCUGUUAGUCUUUAUAGCCUGUUUAGAUACACGUAUCCCACUGCUUUCCCUAAAAUGGACCCAGGAUGGCUUAGAGCAGUGUUCUUCCCUCGUCCUGAUCAUCACAACAAUAACCCUGUGAGGUAUGUUAGGCUAAGAGAGUGACUGGCCCAAAAUCGCCCAGUUUCCAUGGCAGAGUAAGGAUUCGAACCGGGAUCUAUCGUAUUCUAGUCCAACACUACACUACGCUGGCUCCCCUUUGAAUGUUUAAAUGUUGGUGCUGCAGCCUGGUAAUUUAAUCCUUAAGAGAAAGGACUAGAAAUCGGCUUAAAAGCCAACUGAAGCCCCUUCCGCACAUGCAGAAUAAUGCACUUUCAAUCCACUUUUAAUGCACUUUGCCGCUGAAUUUUACUGUGUAGGAUAGCGAAAUCCCCUUACAAACCAUGGUGAAAGUGGAUUGAAAGUGCAUUAUUCUGCAUGUGCUGAAUGGUGCAUUCCUAUGUGCAGUUACUUCUUUCUUUUUCGUUCUUUUUCUUUCUGGCUUGCUGGCUGUCAAGUCAUGGAUGAUUUAUGGCAACUCUGUAACAUUUUCAAGGCGAGAGAUGUUAAGAGGUGGUUUGCCACUGCUGCCUCCAUUCUAAGUCCAAUGGAUGUAGACUGGAAUAACUGCACAGGAUUGUACUAUAAAGGAACUAUCAGAUGUAGAAUGACAAGUUAUUUGGUUCUGUGUUUAGAACAUAUUCUAGCCACAGAGUACUGCCUCCCUCCUUUCAUACUGUGGCAAAUUAUCUCCCUUCCUGGAUCAGACUUCCACAGGGUGUAGUUGAAAAGCAACCAAAUUUACCUAGUUCCUUUCAGCAGCACAGGUUGAGCAGAAUUUCAGCCAGAGAGGCCUUGGCUAAUACGUGAGAAGGAUAUUAGAGAUUAGAGCUAUUCUACUGCCCCCUGCAGGAAAAAAAGCAUCAAGGCAACAACCAAAGGUAAAUUGACUGAAAAGAGCUUUCAGAAAAAGGAGAGAAGAGCUGGUUAUCUUUUGGCACAGAGGAAGCCAACCAUAGUUAAAUUGCUGCAUCAUUUUAAUACAGUGCUAAGAAAGCCUGUGUAGGUGGAAAACUGUCCGGUUCUUAAACUAAAGUUGGGUUAAAAUUGGAAUAAACUCAAAUGGUUCUUAGUUUAAAUUUAGAACCGGAACAUUUAAUCUAAUCCAGUUCCCAAGAUGUCUCUUCCCAUACCUUGAGAACAUCACCGUUCCAUAAAAUAGAACCGAAAUCUGUCCCAAGCAAAGUUUAGCGUGGUGUCGAGACUUUCUUCAUCAAGUUGAUUGUCCAAGAUGUCUAGAAAAUACUUCAGAAUACCAUGGGUACAUUCUGGAGAAUGGUUGGUUGCAACCAUGCACAUUUGAGUGGGGCUUCAGCAGGCCUGAUGUUAUCUGGACUAAGUCUCACAAUGGUGCAAUCCAUACUCUUGCUGGAAAUUAGUCCAGUUUAGGGUUGCCAAUGGCCCAGAAAAACAACAUAAACCUAACUCAGGGCCUUUCCCCACUUACCUUCUGCUGCGCGCUACUCUGGCCAAGUAGCGCGGGGUCCAGCGGGACUCCCCACUACAGGGGCGGCGACAACGCAGCCGCCCUGCCGCUGCCGCUCUCGCGCCCCCUCAGCGCGCAUCAUUCCUGGCGCUCUUCAAAACGGCGCCUUUUGAUGACUUCUGCGCGGGGGUCGUGGGGAAGCCCGGAAGCGCGCCAGAAAUUACGCGCGCCGUGAGUAGCGCGCAGUGAAGGUGGUAGAAGGAAAAGUGGGGAAACAGCCUCAGUUCUAGGAAAGAUGCUUGAGCCAGAGUCUGAGGAGGUGGGACAGGUGAAAAUUCAGGAUGAAAGCAAAAGGAAAUUGAUCUUUACUCAUAAGAUUAUGGAAAGGUACUUUUCUAAGCUCCCUCUUUGUUCUUAUUUCAUUUCCAAUUACUGUUGCUGAGGUCAUCUGUUUGGACUCACUUUUGUGUAAGUGGUCUGAGGAUGUCAACUAAGAAACAUCAGAUCUGUUUUAAUUAAAUUUGGAUGCAAUUAAUGAUUCUCCAGUGUUAGCAACCGAAUUGAACAAAAAAGCAGGAAACAACCUCAUUUGACCAGCUUAGCUCUGGGAUUCUUUUUGGGUGGUUAAAGAUGUCACAUUGAAUAUGUUCUCCCAAAACUGGAUGUAUAUAUUACUUUUAACUGUCAAUUUUUUUUUCUUGCCAUGCUUUGAAACUGGUGAAAUGAAGGCUUUUUAUCUUUUUAAAAAAAAUCUGGACUGGAAGGAAUCCAAAUGUUUACACAUUUUUUAAUUGCCUUGUAUGAUACUCUAGCUACAGUGUAACAUAGAAAAAUAGUUGUGUUUAAAAACCAAAAAUGAGAUGCCGCUCCUGUCGUUAGCUAAGACAAGAGAGUACUCUUAUCCUAGGGCAUGAGAUGACGGAGCUUUGUCUUGUAAGGAGAUGUAUUUGGACAGAUGCAAUCAAUACUGCCCCUAGGGGCUCAAAUCAAAGAGACGUUCUUGUUAAGAAAGCAGAAUCUAGCAGUCACUAAAUUCUCAUGGGGAAGACAAAAGAUACCUGCCUGUUCUGGUUCAGGCUCCGUGUUGCCCGCCCUAGCUGGCACCCUGGGGGUGGGGAGGAACUGUGAUUUGAUGUUACACUAAUACAUGAUGUCAAUUCGGGCACAAAACCGGAAGUGAUGUGAUGCUCUAGGACUCACAUCCUAGAAAUGAUGUUGCAUGUUGGUGUGACAGUGAACCCCCCCUUCCCCUGUUGAGUGACAGUAGGGAAUGGGGUAGGGUUAGGGUCAGUGGUUCUCAACCUUCCUAAUGCCGCGACCCUUUAAUACAGUUCCUCAUGUUGUGGUGACCCCCAACCCUAACAUUUAUCCAUUUUACAGAUGGAGAACACUGAUGCAGAGAGUCUUAGGCGACCCCUGUGAAAGGGUUGUUCAACCCCCAAAGGGGUCACGACCCACAGGUUGAGAACCACUGGGUUAGGCCAUAGUCCCUUACUGUGGCUGGAGACCUGGCUUUCUUUGGACCAAGUCCUAUACCUGUG